AUGCUGUCGCGGUCUACUUUCAGCCGAAAUGCGCCCCGUGCGCUCCAGAAGCAGUGCUCUGCUACUGGCGUCAGCAGCCGUCGGGGCAUGGCCUCUGCUGCCACUCCUGGUCUCCAGUACGAUGUCUCUGAGUCUGCUGGUGUGAAGGUCGCCAACCGGGAAGUUGCUGGCCCUACCAGCACUCUUGCUCUGGUUGCAAAGGCCGGUCCCCGUUACCAGCCCGUCCCUGGCUUCUCCGAUGCCCUCGAACAGUUCGCUUUCAAGUCUACUCUGAAGCGCUCGGCACUGCGGAUCAAUCGGGAAGUCGAACUGCUGGGCGGUGAAGUUUCCUCUACACACUCUCGCGAGAACGUCGUCCUCAAGGCCAAGUUCCUCUCGGGCGAUCUCCCCUACUUCGCUGAGCUUCUCGCCGAGGUUGCUUCUCAGACCAAGUUUGCAGCCCACGAGUUGAGCGAGGUUGUCCUCAAGACCCUCAAGUACAGACAACAGGCCCUUGCCGCCAACCCCGAGGCCGUCGCUGUCGAUGCCGCUCACGCCGUCGCUUUCCACCGGGGCCUGGGUGAAAGCAUCACCCCCUCGACCACCGUUCCCCUCGAGAAGUACCUCUCCGCUGAGGCUCUGGCUGAGUACGCUCAGCAGGCCUUUGCCAAGUCCAACAUCGCUCUUGUUGGCAGCGGUGCCAGCUCCGCCGACGUCUCCAAGUGGGUUGGUGACUUCUUCAAGGCUGUCCCCAGCGGUGCCCAGCUCCAGAGCGCUGCCUCCAAGUACUACGGUGGUGAGCAGCGUAUCUCCACCAAGGCCGGCAACGCCCUUGUGAUUGCCUUCCCUGGCUCUGGUGCUUUCGGAACCUCUGCCUACAAGCCCGAGGCCUCUGUCCUUGCUGCCCUCUUGGGUGGUGAGUCCUCCAUCAAGUGGACCCCCGGUUUCUCCCUCCUCGCCCAGGCCACCCAGGGCUUCUCCCAGGUCCGUGCCUCGACCCAGAACCUUACCUACUCGGACGCUGGUCUCUUCACCAUCGCUCUCUCCGGUAAGGCCGACCAGAUCACUUCUGCUGGUAAGAACGCCGUCGACCUUCUCAAGAAGGUUGCCGCUGGUGAGAUUGCCGGUGAGGAGAUCAAGAAGGCCGUUGCCCUCGCCAAGUUCCGCGCUCUCGAGUCCGCCCAGACCCUUGAGACUGGUCUCGAGGCUACCGGAUCCGCUCUCAUCAACGGCAGCAAGCCUUACCAGAUUGGUGAGGUUGCUCAGAGCAUUGAUGCCGUCACUGAGGCUCAGGUUAAGGAUGUUGCCAAGUCCUUCCUGUCUGGCAAGGCCUCCGUCGCCACAGUUGGAGAUCUCUUCCAGCUCCCCUACGGCGAGGACCUUGGUCUGACUGUUUAA